CGACAACACAGACACCGUUGGCCACGACCUUCAUGUUCACGACUGCGCGCAGUCAUGCCCAGAUAUAAGCCCCUCCCCGCACUCCCUCUGGGCCCAAACCCGACGACGCUGUCUGUCGAUUCGCGCGAGCACCGCUCCCAGAUCAUUCGCCAUGUGCUGGGAGAGAUACAAGACGCGACGCUAGAGAGCAGGCAGGAUGAGUGGGUGGCGUCUAUUGAGGAGGCCCUGGACGACCUGAGUGCGAGCAUCUCGCGCGGAGAGUGGCUGCACGGACUGAAGAAGGAACGGCGGAGGAGGCGGGCGAAGAUCGACCGGCACGCCACAGUCAAGGCGGCGCAGAAGAUGACACGCCCCCCGUCAACGAUGUCUAGGCGAUCGUCCUCGGUGCAGGGGGAGGGGCAGGGCAGGCCUCCAUGCGAGGCAGUGUUCUUCCCAUCCACGGAGAAGCCGCAGGAGGACCUCAGCAAGUCGCUUGAGGAACUGCGUGCCAUGGUCUCCCGCGCAUCCGGCUCGUCCUCCAACCCAGUACGCCAGCACCUCCUUCUGUCUCUCGCACCGCCUGGGAGUAGGGCACCUGUCCCUGCAGAAGACUCGGGCUUCGACUUGAUACCUGGUCACGUCGGAUGUACUUUCCGGCCUCAUGUCUUCCACCUGCCCGACGCUGGGAACCCAGAUGUAGAGAACAUCGUGCUGUAUGGCCUGAAGGAAUACAGCGGUUCGGAUGAAGACCUUGAGCUAGUUGGCGGAACGUUCACCUUCAAGGGCAUCACCUCGCCAAUCCAACAUCACCAUCUCGCCAAAGUCCUACGCAUCGCCAUAUACACCCACCUCUCCCUUGUACUAGAACAGCACCUCUUAGUUUCCUCUGCUGUCGCGCUGGAGUACCCCAUACCCAAGACAGCGUCCCCCACGACUCCGACGGCGCCAGGAGGCUGGGUACCGGAUGUACACAGGAAGGAUAGCCUGAAGGGACAGAACCGCACUUCCCUGCUCCCCUCAAGCAUCUUCAACUUCUUUUCGAGGAAGAGCCUGACAGCACGGCGGAACAACUCCCUCACCGGAUCCCAUCCUCCGCCUCGCAGCGGCUCACUUGACAUGCGCGCGUCUGCAUCUCACCCGGAAAACGCUCUCAGCCGCAUCGCAGAUGAUACCUCACUUUCUUUGGGUACUCGCAUCCGUCGCCUUUCCUUUAUGCCUACGGACCCAAGGAAGAUCACCCCGCCGAAGGAGGAGCCCGCGCAACCAUUUGCGGCCACAAUCAAACGCCUCGAAGAAGCGCGAACUCUCCUCUCGACUUCCGUUGGCGUCAAGUACCCCCUGCCUCCCCUGAUGGUCACGCUAGCGAAGGAGGAAGACAAGCAGCCGGGGCGUAAGCUCCGCGGUGAUGAGCGCACUGGACUGUUCAGCUUACUGGGAUGGGAGGGCAAGGAUAGCCAGGGCCGCGCUAUGGCGGGGAUCACUGGCUUUGUACGCCACCAAAGCUUCUCCGUUCUCGCAUCGUUGUACGUCCCAGCGGCCGACUCGCCGCAAAUCCCACAAGGGGAGGACGCGAUCUCGGCGGCGACGAAGGAGAACACGACGAGCUUUGUGCCCUGCGACCGGCCGCGGUGGGUGACGUAUCGGUACUACUCGCACGACGAGCGGGACAUGUCGCUGGGCGAGAUGCUGGAGGACCUGGUGUUUGAUGCGUAUGAGCUGUGUGCGAGGCAGGGGUGUGGGCUGGUGAGGGGGAAGCACCAACAACGGUAUAUACAUGGUGGUGUGCAGAUUGCCGUGGACCUGGAGGAGCCCUCGGAACUCCAGGACGAGGACGAGAACAGUAAGGGCGGACAGGAGAAAGCGGAGGAGGACGCGGACGAGGUGCUGCGGAUACAGACGUGGGUGCGAUGUAGCGUUUGCCGGGCUGAGACUCCUAAGAAGGUCGUGUCGGAGGGUGCACACCUUCUGUCCUUCGCGAAGUACCUCGAGUUGCUCGUGUACUCUCCACGCCUUUGCUCCAUCUCCCCUGCGUUGUGCGAACACACCACUCCACCCAAGCAGCCUUGGACAGACGGCUUGCCACCCUCGCGCUUCAAUAUGGUCCGCAUGUUCGAGUGCCGAAAACAGACGGUGGCCUUCUCCCUGUCCGCUGUGGAGGAUAUUUUCGAUAUUCGGGUGCCGAGGCUGCAAAUCGUGCGCACUGGAAAUGCAAAAUCGCCAAAACCGGCGGAGGCGGAUGAGAGCGAUAUUGACGAGGGGGACGAGGACAAGAGGAAUUUGCGACGGGAGAUUAAGGUGUUCUGGGAGUGUGUGAGCGAUCAUGUCGAUAAGCUGGAAGAUCUACUCUCGACUGACGACAUGAAGGUCAUGAAAAAGGCAUUGCCGCGCCUGCCCUCGACAGACGAUGCGUACGAUGACAUCGACGAGCCGUCGACACCGAGAGCAUCUAUUUCUCGCUCUCCGAUAUCUGGACUUCCAGGCUCUGUCGGAUCCAACAGAGGCGGCAGUACCGACUACUUCGGGGUUGCAACGUCGGACAGGGAAUCCAUGUCUUCCGCCGCAUCCUCACGAUCUUCCCUUGCAUCCUCAACCGCUUCGACUGCAUCGGCUCCGCCUCCGACGCCAUCAAAGGAAAUUCCGCCGCAGGAGCUUCUGUUGAACAUGCGUCAUACGUUUCAGCGCACGGAGCAGAGUCUGUACGCGCAACUGGCGCGUACACCUGUGGAUACGCUGAACGAUGUGCGGCGGUCGUUCUUGUCGUCCGCGCUGGGGGCGGAUCGUAGGCUGCAGGCCUGGCAGAAGAAGCAUUUGCCAAAGGCGGUGAAGAAGGAUCCUUCGUUGGCGAAGAUGGACGAGGCAGCAGAGCCGGAGUGGUUCAAGAAGUCUUGUCAUGCGGCGCCGGAUUCGAACAUCAUAGUGCGUGAGGAAGAUUGGGGGAGCAUCAUUGCGUUCACGCUGAGUACAAAGGACUACCAGCGAGAGCUAUCUGCAAUGUCACUGUCGCGGACGCCGUCGAGUCCUCCGCAGACUUCGCUGCUUUCGCCUCCUGGCGCCUCGCAUGGAACGUCGUUCUUCACUUCUUCAUCAGGCUAUAGAUUUUUCACCGGAGGAGCGAAGAAUACGCCCGAUCCCGAUCGUGAAGACGCAGUGUGGCACGAGCUCGAGGAUUACUCUGCUGUCAUCUCGAGGAAGGAGCAUCCGCGGGAUCCGACAUCCAUUCUUUCCAUCCGCGAGGUGUUGCGGCAGAAGUCGCCGACUGAUGGGUCAUCGUCGCCAUUGUCGAGAUUCGUCAGCUCGGGCGAUACAAUGAGGGGGAAUGGCGCGCCAGGAAUCAUGCCUCCAUCUGCGUGGGCGAGGCCGGCGGUGGAGGUAACAAGUGUAGACGCGGGCGGCGAGGUCAGCAACGCGAAGAUGCCAGAUUCCACACGCGCCAUGCUGCACAAUAUUGAGGCCUCGUCCGACUCACGACCUGGGUCCACGACAACAGCGACCGCCGGAACGUCGAAUCUCACGGCGCAAACAUGGCGAGCGAGGGGCCUAUCCAGCUUGUCCCGGGAGAGCGAGUUGUCCAAAGAGAACGAGGACCCUGCGAACGACGCUGAACCUCCGGAAGUGCCGAGUAAAGUGCCCGCGCCAGCCACACCUGCGAAGGGUCUGGCCGAUGCGCCACAAAUGCACUCGCCUGUACCCCAGCGAGGCUCCUUCUUCACGCAUUCGCUGUCAAGCGGGCUAGCGGGCGCUAUGCGCUACAUGCUCAACGGCAGCGACGGUCAACAGACAACCAACUCGCCUUACGGGCGUCCUCACCAUGGCCUACUGUCGACGGAGCUCCUCUCCAUCGACGAGCGACCGCACAUCAAGUACGACUGGACCGUCGGCAAGCGCCUCAAGUUCAGCUGCACCGUGUACUACGCGAAGCAGUUCGAUCAACUACGCCGGCGCUGCGGCGUGGAGGACGUCUUCAUACACAGCCUUUCCCGCAGCGCGAACUGGGCCGCCGACGGCGGGAAAAGCAAGUCAAACUUCUGGAAGACGGCCGACGACCGCUUCAUCAUCAAGACGCUCGUCAACGCGUGGAACACCGCGGACCUGCAGGUGCUCAUCGACCUCGGCCCGAACUACUUUCGGUACAUGGACUCGACGGCGAGUCGGCCGACGGUGCUAGCGAAGCUCGCGGGGUUCUACACGGUGGAGAUACGGAACUUGGAGACGGGGAAUGUGCAGGCGAAGGCGGAUCUGCUGGUUAUGGAGAAUUUGUUCUAUCAGCAUAAGGUGGAGAAAGCGUUUGAUCUGAAGGGAAUUCAGGGGAGGAAGGUGAAGGCGGCGCAGUCGCAGCAGACGGCGAAGACGCUGUUUGACGGAGAGUGGAUAGAGGGCCAGCAAAGAACUUUGACACUGUUGCGCCCUCAUUCGAAGGCGGUCUUGCGGGAGGCGAUUCGAGCGGAUGCUGAGUUCUUGGCGAAGAGCAACAUCAUGGAUUAUUCGUUGCUACUUGGCAUCGACAACGAGAAGAAGCAGAUCGCCUGUGGUCUCGUCGAUACUAUUGGCAGCUAUACGUUUGCCAAGACGCUGGAGUAUAAGGCAAAGCAAGGUCUUCAUUCCGGAACGGGGAAGGAGAUCACCGUCAUGCCACCGAAUGAAUAUCAAGACCGCUUUGUGACAGCGAUGGAGAACUACUUCCUUGCCUGUCCAGACAAAUGGUCCAAACCCCUCGACGACUGCGAGAUCAUCAGCGACGUCGAGCGCCUGCCGAGCGUGCUGUAGCUCGAUCCUCUUUGUGUCAUUUGGCUUCCAUGCAUCUGUUGAUCGCGUGUUGGACUUGUAUACCUUCUUUUCCCAUCGGAUGGACUCACUCAUUGUCAUCUCAUCUCUUGUACGGAAUCGACCACACAAGCACUGUAUCAUUAUCUUGUACUCAUAUAUCCAUGCCAUGCACGAUUCCAUACGAUG